CCCCUUGAUUCUUUGCCCGCCAAGAAAGCCUCUGCUGCACAUGGAGGAUAAUCUCCUCUAUACAAUGCCGCGGCGGCAGUCACGAUCCUUGGAUGCGCCGCGCAACCGCAACAACAACUGCAACGUGGCCACGUACAGCUAGCGGCCGCGGACACCGCUUCCUACAGCAAUGCCUGCGGCGGCCAUGCGGGGGGACAUCACGUACAGCGGGCGCGCGCGCCGGGUGGCCGUGCUCCGCUGCCUCGUGGCCGCGGUGGUGGUGACCAUCCUCCUCGCGGGGCUGACCGCGCUCAUCUUCUGGCUCGUGGUCCGGCCCAAGCCCAUCGACUACACCGUGACCCGCGCCGUGGCGCGCCACUUCAACGUGACGCCGCCGCCCGACGCCACGGCCAACGCGACGUUCUACCUGACCCUGGCCGCGGCCAACCCGAACCGGCGCGUGUCGGUCCUGUACGAGUGGGUGGAGUUCCGCGUGCUGUACGGCGAGGAGGCGCAGCUGGCGGUGGAGGACGCGCCGGCGUUCCGGCAGCCACGCCGCAACGAGACGUUGCUGGACGUGCGCGCCGUGGCGCGGUCGGUGCCCGUCGGGGGGCAGGCCGCGCGGGAGCUGCGGCACGACCUCGCGGCCGGCGAGGUGGGCGUCGACGUCCGCAUGCGCGCGCGCGUCCGGUUCGAGACCGGCGGUGUCAGGAGCAGGCGAUACUCCCUGCAGGCGUUCUGCUCGCCCGUGGUCAUCGCCCUCCCUCCGCCGUCGUCUGCGCGGCCGUUCCAGAGCGUGCCGUGCGACGUCGCCAUCUCGUGAGGCAGCACGACAUGCAUGCAUGCAUGGGGCCCGCGUGCCACUCGGAUCGAAUCACUAGCUAGCUGAGUGUGGUGUUGGCGUGCUGCAAAAAUCUACCGCUAGCUUCGGCUCUGGGUCAAUAUGAUGCAUGGUUUGUUAGGCUUAGAUGUUUGACUUGGUAUACGCCUACCUAUUAUACGUGACGUGUGUCUUGUAAAUCAAGCUAGCUCCGUAAUCCGUAUGCUACCUUAGCUUCUUUCGUUUCAUCAAUCAUACUGAGCUUUUUGGCAUAUGUUUGAUAUAUAUUACUACCUUCAGUUCUUCUUGAA